AUGAAGAAUACGAGCUGUCAGCGCACGAGCUCUCACACGAGCAAGGACGCUGUGGACUUGUCCUUGUUUCCUGUGGAGAAUAUCAGAAACUUCUGCAUCAUAGCUCACAUUGAUCACGGGAAGAGCACUUUAGCUGACAGACUGCUGGAGCUCACAGGAGCAAUUUCAGCGAGGGAGAAGAACCGUCAGGUCUUGGAUCAGCUGCAGGUGGAGCGAGAGCGCGGCAUCACAGUUAAAGCCCAGACUGCGACUCUGUUCUACCACCACAAGGGGACGCCGUACCUGCUCAACCUCAUCGACACACCGGGACACGUGGACUUCAGUUAUGAGGUGUCCCGCUCUCUCUCGGCCUGCCAGGGAGUGCUGCUCAUCGUUGAUGCCAAUCAGGGGAUCCAGGCUCAGACUGUGGCAAACUUCUACCUUGCGUUUGAAGCCCAGCUCACCAUCAUCCCAGUCAUCAACAAGAUUGACCUGAAAAACGCUAAUCCUGAGCGAGUAGAGGCGCAGAUCCAGAAAGUGUUGGACAUCCCACAGGACGAGUGCAUCAGGAUUUCUGCAAAGCUCGGCACAAACGUGGAGUCUGUUCUGGAGGCGGUGGUGGAGAGGAUUCCUCCUCCUGCGGUCAGCCCCUCAGACCCGCUCCGUGCUCUGGUCUUCGACUCUAAUUUCGACCAUUACCGUGGCGUGGUUGCCAAUGUGGCCCUCUGUGGCGGCAGUGUCAAGAAGGGAGACCGAGUGGUGUCGGCACAUCUGAAAAAGAGCUACGAGGUCCAGGAGGUGGGGAUAUUGAGACCAGGAGAGCAGCCCACUGGGAAACUGUGUGCUGGGCAGGUGGGGUACAUAAUUGCUGGGAUGAAGGAGGUGAAGGAGGCACAGAUCGGAGACACUCUGUUCCACCAGGACCGACCAGUGGAGCCGUUACCCGGCUUUAAACGAGCGAAACCCAUGGUGUUCGCAGGGAUGUUCCCCAUGGAUCAGUCAGAGUACACGGCACUCCGCAGCGCCAUCGAGAGACUGACUCUGAACGACUCCAGCGUCUCCGUGCAGAGAGACAGCAGCAUGGCCCUGGGAGCAGGGUGGAGACUGGGGUUCCUGGGACUCCUUCACAUGGAGGUGUUCAAUCAACGUCUGGAGCAGGAGUUCAAUGCCUCUGUCAUCGUCACAGCACCAACCGUGCCAUACAAGGCCAUCCUGUCCUCCAGCAAGGCCAUCAAGGAGCAUGGCGCAGAGGAGAUCACCAUCGUGAACCCGGCACAGUUCCCUGAUCGCUCAUUGGUCUCAGAGUAUCUGGAGCCCAUGGUUCUGGGGACCAUCUUAGCUCCGGAGCUGUACACCGGGAAGAUUCUUAGUCUGUGCGCGAGCCGCAGAGGAGUCCAGAAGAGCCUGCUAUACCUGGACGAUCAGCGUGUCAUGAUGAAGUACGAGUUUCCACUCAACGAGAUUGUGGUGGACUUCUAUGACCUGCUGAAGUCGCUGUCCUCGGGAUACGCCAGGACCAAGGACGGGACCAAGGACGGGACCAAGGACGGGACCAAGGACGGGACCAAGGACGGGACCAAGGACGGGACCAAGGACGGGACCAAGGACGGGACCAAGGACGGGACCAAGGACGGGACCAAGGACGGGACCAAGGACGGGACCAAGGACGGGACCAAGGACGGGACCAAGGACGGGACCAAGGACGGGACCAAGGACGGGACCAAGGACGGGACCAAGGACGGGACCAAGGACGGGACCAAGGACGGGACCAAGGACGGGACCAAGGACGGGACCAAGAGGACAGGGGACCAAGGACGGGACCAAGGACGGGACCAAGGACGGGACCAAGGACGGGACCAAGGACGGGACCAAGGACGGGACCAAGGACGGGACCAAGGACGGGACCAAGGACGGGACCAAGGACGGACCAAGGACGGGACCAAGGACGGGACCAAGGACGGGACCAAGGACGGGACCAAGGACGGGACCAAGGACGGGACCAAGGACGGGACCAAGGACGGGACCAAGGACGGGACCAAGGACGGGACCAAGGACGGGACCAAGGACGGGACCAAGGACGGGACCAAGGACGGGACCAAGGACGGGACCAAGGACGGGACCAAGGACGGGACCAAGGACGGGACCAAGGACGGGACCAAGGACGGGACCAAGGACGGGACCAAGGACGGGACCAAGGACGGGACCAAGGACGGGACCAAGGACGGGACCAAGGACGGGACCAAGGACGGGACCAAGGACGGGACCAAGGACGGGACCAAGGACGGGACCAAGGACGGGACCAAGGACGGGACCAAGGACGGGACCAAGGACGGGACCAAGGACGGGACCAAGGACGGGACCAAGGACGGGACCAAGGACGGGACCAAGGACGGGACCAAGGACGGGACCAAGGACGGGACCAAGGACGGGACCAAGGACGGGAACUCUUUUUGA